UAACGUGCUGGUUGAUGACCGAUGGUGGUCCUUUCUGGUCUCGAGGCGGGUCGAAUCAAAUCAAUUCCUUGUCAGGCCUUGAUCGAGCGCGCGUGUGAGGAUGUUUGGAAACACUAGUGACUCGUCUCGGACUCUUGGACUUUGUUUGGAAUCUCAAGUGCGUCGCGCCUCGCGAGCAUGCAGGUGCAGCCGCCGUGCCGUGCCACCGAUGAGCAUGAAUCGCAGGGUGUGGAUGUACUUGGCUGGGUUGGCUGUGGCCAGUCUCGGACUGACUUCGUUACUCUUCAAACAGUUUGGCAGUGGCGUCACAACUGGUGCGCAACUGCUCGCUUUGGCCAGUGUGUUCCAAGAGGUUGUUGGGGUCGAUCCUGGACAGGGCCUUCAGUCUGAAGAGAAUCAGCAUUUGCCCAGCUGUUCUCUGAGGGCGGGCAUUUCCUCUGCUGGGUGGCAGUUUAAUUUCUCCGUGCCCGUGUUCCAAUGGAACGCCAGCUUCAGCCAAUCAGAGUGGGACAGACUGAGUGGCAUCCACCCCCCUUACGGCUGGCACGGAGUACCAUAUGACGACGUGCAUGGAGCGCUUGAGUUGUUGCCAGGUGUGUGUGGGAGUGCGUUUGAGCGCAGCUCUAAGGAGUGUGUGUCCUGUGCUGUCGUGGGCAACGGCGGAAUCUUGCGAGGCUCCAAACAAGGAAGCAACAUCGAUAAACACACACACGUCUUCAGGGUGAAUGGUGCCAUCACUGCAGGUUUCGAGGAGGAUGUCGGCAACAGGACGUCCUUUUAUGGCUUCACGACCAACACCAUGAAGAACUCACUGCGCGCAUACAGCAGAUAUGGAUUCAAACAAACUCCCCAGAGCCCGGAGGUGAAGUACGUCUUCAUCCCGUCUCAGAUGAGGGACUACGUCAUGCUGAGGGCGGCCAUGUUGAGAACCCCCAUACCACACGGCAAGGAUGUCAGAGACCGGCCUUCUCGGUAUUUCGGGCCCAAGCCCGCUGCAGAGAAGUUCAGGAUGCUCCACCCAGAUUUCAUCACCUACAUAGUCCAGAGGUUCUUGAAGUCUCACCUGCUCAAGACAAAGUUCAGCCAACUGUACAUGCCGAGCACGGGAGCUCUCAUGUUGUUUACAGCCAUACACACCUGCGACAAGGUAUCUGCCUAUGGUUUCAUCACGGGCAACUAUGCGUCCUUCUCGGAGCAUUACUAUGAUGACCACAAGAGGCCGCUCAAGUUCUUUGCCAAUCAUGACCUGAAGAUGGAGGCACGCCUAUGGAAAUCACUACACACUCAAGGAGUCAUUACACUGUACCAGAGGGACUAGCACACACACACACACACACACACACACACACACACACACACACACACACACACACACACACACACACACACACACACACACACACACACACACAAUGAGUCAUUACACUGUACCAGAGGGACUAGCACACACACACACACACACACACACACACACACACACACACACACACACACACACACACACACACACACACACACACACACACACACACACACACACACACACACACACACACAAGGAGUCAUUACACGGUACCAGAGGGACUAGCGCUCACAUGCGCGCACACACACACACACACACACACACACACACACACACACACACACACACACACACACACACACACACACACACACACACGCACAAGGAGUCAUUACACUGUACCAGAGGGACUAGCGUGCACACACACACACACACACACCCCUCUAACAGAGCCAAAUCAAUAGCCAGUUUUUACCCCCGCCAAGGAAGUUGUGUUUUCGGUCGCGCCCAAUCUGGAUCCAGGAUUUAAAAAAAAAGAUUCUUCACCAUUGCGGGAUAGGGUGAAUUUUGACAUUCCAGUUUCCAACUCCACAAAAACAAGGCAGAAAGACUUGAAAAAAAUAGGGUGUAACAUUGUCAAAUGUUCUAUCAAACAGCUUCCUUGACAGAGGUCUACACAUUUCUAGUUUUUAUGUAUGUUUACGUUUCUUAAACGUCACAAUUGAUGUUAAUUUAUUAAUGUUUAUGUUAAUUAUUCUUUCUAUUUUCUAAGGCCUUUGUGUUCUGUUUUGAGCUCUAGACUGAAGUUGCUUUGUGUAUUAAAAACUGAGUGAAAUUC